UAGAGGCCUUUGAAAACGACGAUUCGCGCCUGUAAAACAAGUGAACUCGAAUAACGUGGUCAAAGAGUGAGUGCGUGUUUGUGAUGUUUCGCCGACCUACCUACUACAAUUAGAUUACCGAAAGGAUUACUUCUACUUGGCUUGGUGAACCCGUUAAGGUGGAUUUGUUUGUGUUGCAGCAAAACUUUAUUAUUAACAGAAAAUUAGUGCAGCGAAAUAAGGCUCUAUCUAAAAAAUAAGUUAGGACAGUAAAACCCUACAACUAUGUGCUUUUUGUGACAAACAUUUGUGAUAAAGGACUUCAAAGUGUUUAAAAAACUACCUGUCGCGAUGGAGGAGGACGAGGACGAAACUACUUCUCUGUCGAAGGCGUCGUCGACAGUAACACUAACCCAGCAAAACAUACAAUCCUUAUCCCGCACAUCAACAGCUACUUUUCCCUCCGACACAAAAUUAGAUGCUAUACCUCAGUGCCAGAUAGUCACCCACCAAGCUAGCGGAGACUCAUUAGAAUCAGAAUCGGAAUCCAUAUCACAAAGGGCAUCCCCUAGGUAUUCUUUAUUAUCAAAAUCACCCCAUUCAAGUUCUUCCCAGGAAGACUACGAGCCAGAUUCCAAGCAAGCGAAUAAGGGGCAGUUUUUAAGCGCAGGCCAUAGAAGCGAAACCGCCAAGAGCAUGGAAAGCCUUAGGACAUCCCCAAAAUCAUUUUUAACCUCAAGCGAGCGAGACAUGAGGCGAAUGUAUUCAGAAUCCACGGAGGCCAAGUCUCUAGAAAGCAUCGAAAGAGAAAUCAAGUUGAAAAGACACGCAGUUAGCGGCGAGGGUGCCAUGCUGGCUUCGUCAGCGUCAGCGCUAGGCAGCGACGAGACUAUAAGUGCCGAAAGACGCAGGGUGUUGUGGUCAGGAAAAAUGAGAAUUCCGCAACACUUGAGCCUUCCUCCUCCUGCUGGGUACCUAAAUUUAAGUCCAGGUGACAGGAAACUUACAAUUCUGUCACCACACUCGCCUCAUAAGAUGCCUGAUUUGCUUCACAUGUCUGCUGCGACGCUUAAAGCCAGGAGAAAAAGGGCCACAGUUCUUCCGAAGCUGAUCCUACCCAGGAGCGAUUCAGACAUCAGUGAAGUUUUCUCCGAACAUGGCCUCGAGGGAUUCGGAAUGGCUACCAUGGAUGCUAGAUUUGGUCGGAGAUAUUUAAGGUUAAUAAGUAGAUUUAUUACAACGCACUUAAUACCAGCUUCUUAA